UAUGUGCGCAUCAUGGCCGCUCUCAUCACCAUCAGCAUGUACCGUCGUUUUGGUUUCCGUUGCGACGGCAUGUGAUCAUUAAAAUUCGUUAAUACCUUGCAAACAUGCAGUUAUUUUUACGUUCCCUCAAUUGCAAGUAUCUUUUCAGCUCGCACUAUGGCGGCACUGACGCUGGACUAUGCAUCAGGAGGCUGAUAUGUUCUGCCAAGACCACCAGCAGCAGUUCCUCGCAGUCCUUCGACUCGAUUAUGUCGGAACGAAGGCGACAAGCUGGGAACACCAUUAUUGUGGAAGUCGAUAACAGACACGAUAUUCCUGACCUUUGCAACCUUUGCCAGCGCUUUGGGCCACUGCAGAAGGUUUAUUACUUCAGGAAUAGAAGACAGAAGUGCCAGGUCCUUGUGGAGUUUGCAGAUUUACACGCCUCAUCAAACCUAUUACGAGAGUGCAAGACUCUUCAUGCCGAUGGCUUUCCAGUCUGGUCGAGGUUUCUCAAACACGAGCCUAGUAAAAAAUUGCCAGCAAACACUUCUCCUGCUGUUGAUAUCGACACUGUGACUAUCCCAUCUGACGAAGAAGUGCUGACGAGCCUUUCACAGUCAAGUACGGUAUCAGAUCAAAUGACUAAUUUCUAUGAAACUGAAAGGCUGAACGACCUCGAACUGCGACUUGGAUUCCUAGUAUGCAAGCAAAUUGAGGAAUUUGUAUCUGGCAUAUAUCCAAAUGGCAUGGUUCUGCCCUUCGGAUCGCUUGUCAAUGGCUUUGGAAGGCAUGCCUGUGACAUUGACAUGGUUUACUGUGUCCCACCAGAGCAAAAGGGUGUACUUUGCUUCCAAGGCAAACAGCAGCUGGUGAACGAUCGAACACUGACGCAGAGGGUCCUGGAGACUCUGGGUGAUUUGCUACAUUACCUUGUGCCCGGCGUAUCACAAGUACAUCGGAUUCUACGAGCACGUGUGCCCAUUGUAAAGUUCCAGCACGACAUUACAGACUUGGAGUGUGACCUUACUCUCAAUAACAUGUCAGGGGUGGACAUGUCACGGAUUCUGCACUUCUACAGUCUGCUAAACCCCUGCAUUCGUCCAUUAAUGUACACAGUUCGCAAGUGGGCGACAGCUAGUCGAGUUACGGAAAAGGCACCUGGCAGCUGGGUGACAAACUUCCAGCUCACUCUAAUGGUACUUUUCCACCUUCAGCAGAAAGGACUUGUCCCUUCCAUCAAAUCUUUCAAAGGAAGAUCCGUAAUUGGAGGGAAAGUUGCAGGUGAAAAUGUCAAAGAACAUUGUGAUGAUGUAAGGGACUCAUCCAAAAAUGCUGAAGAGCUGCUAUUGAGCUUUUUUGAAUUCUACUCUUCGUUUGACUUCAAGAGCAAAGGCAUCUCCCCGUACACUGGUAACACUGUGGAGAAACCAGACUACUCCCCCAUGUACAUUCAGAAUCCACUUGACAGACAGCUGAAUGCUAGUCGCAAUGUCGGGGUGUCUGACCUCCGGAAAUUGCAGACUUGCAUGAGUGAUGCGCUAUGGACAUUGCAGAAGGCAAACUGCAAGACGUCAGCCGGUGGUUCUUCCUGGGGCAUUGGUGCAAUUUUUAAGCCAUCGACGACACGAGACAGACACAUGCAAGUCACGCAAAAAAGGUUCCAAGUGCAAGAACUCUUUCAAGACAACCAAGCCAAGUCGAGCGAAUCCGGUUACGUGGUUGAAGCGACAGUUUCCGGUGUGAAGAGCAAUUUUUAAUCAAGCGCUGUCGAACAGAGUUGAGCUCGUCCUGACAAAUGGACCGAUGCAGUGCAAUUGGCUUGCUCACAUUGAGGGGAUUGCUAAGCGCAUUAGUGUACAUAUAAAGUCGUGUCUAUGCUGCGGUA